AUGGAUUCUGUCAAUGAGCACGCCAUAGAUGCCGAAUAUGACCAGACCGCAUGUAACCGAUUCGUCACGGACAGACCGACCUCAAACAACAAGCCGCCCUUGCCGCAGCCCUUGAGGCGCUCCGUUGACUUCGGUAGCGUUAGAGAGAGUCUGGAAACGGAGGAAGAUGAGUUGCGGAUGUACAGUGAUUCACCAAACGAGGAUUUUCAUGCCUCGAACGGGUUUAAUCGUACUAUUCGAAUCAAGGAUGGGAUAAGAAAAUCGCUUAAUCGUGUGCAGUCUGUCUUGGAUCGAGCACAGACCAACAACUGUGAUCAUGGGAAAACGAAUCGCGGACUAGAUUCACCGGGUUUGUCCAGAUCCCCCUCCACUCCGGAAUUGAGAGACUCACAGAAUCUUUUAGAUUCGGUUUUGGACUCCGAGCGACAGCGCAGCCUGUCUGAGCAAUGCUUGCGCAUGGAUCUACUACCCGUACGAGCGUUAGGUUCGACGGAUUACCUUACCACGAAUAGUCCGCUCGUGGGCCGUGUGCAACCGGGACUGGCGGCUCUCUCAUGCCCCGGAAACGGCUCGCUUGUUGGCACCACAGACGAUAUUGCCGCGGUGGCGGCGGCGAAACCGUGUGAUACAAACAAGCAUUCCGUGAAUUGUGAUCGAAGAGAAAGAUUGAUCGAUUAUGGUCGAUCUGGGCGAACGGGUUCUGGUGAUCGAUCUCGAGAACGAUCCCGGAAGAGCAGUACACACCGAGCCGAAAUACCAGCCGUGAUCGGCCCAGACGGUAUGCUACUUCAAGGGGUGAGGCUUUAUGCUCGCGGUCUCCAAUUGACAUGGGAGUGUUAUCAACUAAUUGCACAAGCACAAACAGAUCUCGUCGAUCGAUCGUUUGUUCGUCCCGGUGUGGUCAAUUUGAAUGCAUGUGCCACACAGGGCAAACCACUGUUCAGUGUGCGAUCUGCCACCCAAAUCAGUCGUAGCACAUCUCGUUCGAAGAGUCGUAGCGCGAGUCGCCCGCGGGAUGCGUUACGGCGAUCACGGUCCAGAUCAGCCUCACCCCAUCUACGUCACUCGCAAUCGACGGGGCAAAGAAAAUCAGAACAUCCUUUGGCUCUCACUCUAGAAGUUUCUGUUCCAAUUCAGACUGCGAGUGAAACAUCAUCACCGACCAAUUGGAUGACCACAAGCCUCGAAUUUCACAAAGAUUCCUCCAGAUCACGUGAUCCACAGGUUCCGGAUUUUGUCGGCUCCGGUCGGAAACACCGAUCGGUUCGGUUUAAGCCCACGCAUCACAGGCUACUCCAGCCGAUUGCCCAGCUAGCCAUGAACGAUGCCGUGCAUUCGCACAAGUCCCCUGACGAAUACACACGCUUUCGUCUGUUCACCCGAACGUUUGCAGAACUGGCCGAACUGCCACCGCAUACACCCGACCCUUCACAGACAGCCGGCCCCGCCAUAGAUCUGAUCGGUUUGAACAAUUUAACUUUGGACGAAUUGAAGUUGGCCAUAUCCACUAAAACGUAUUGGCGUUCCAGUCCAAGGGCUCGACUCUUUGUCCACCUAUUCCAACCGGGCAGUGGACCAGUCGCUCAGCCCGAACGUAGCGGGUCACCCAGAUCAGCAUCUGGCCUGAUUCGUGCUCGCCUUGAGAUCGAGGUUGAACCGAUCUGGCGACCAGCCUCCCGAAAUCCGGCAUCUCAUUGGCGCUACCAACCCGAUCCACAGCGUAAACCCUGUCCGAUGCACACGUCUACCAUCGCUCCCAUCGCAUUAGAGACGCUCUUAUCUAUUUCUCAUGGACGCCGUCUUCAUUUGUUCGGACCGGAAGCAAACAGGAGUGCGAAAACUCCCCUGCAUGCCUCUCAGACCUGCGGACCGCUUGCCUCAAUCAACACUGGUCCAGUGUCCACGAAAUUCACCCCACCGAAGUCAAUCGGGGCUAGUGUGCCAGUUGAACACACCUAUCUAAUCAUCCGCUUACCUUGGUGCCAAACCACUAAUCCAAAGAGCUCGGGCGUUGGUGUAGCUUCACAUCCGUGUCGAUUCAAUUCGGCGGUCGCUUGGAUGGGUGGUUCAUGCCCGUCGUACAAAUUUGCUCUGCGCACACCGUGUGUUUUGGACGCGGAGAUGUUGACUCGUCUGUCCCGUUCGUUUGCUGUGAUCGAGGUGUGGGUUAAAAUGACCACUGGACAGCCAGACGCACUGCUAGGUCUGGCCAAAAUUCCCACCGACACACUGGUCACUGUUUUCGCGUUUGUGGACGCCAGAACCGGUGGGAUCAACAUGCACUCGGAUGAGAUUAUCACGGCUCUGAUGACUUCCAUGCGUCCAGUUAUUGUGUCCGAUACUUGGCAACCGGUUAUUGAUCCAUUCUCCGGCGCGGAACAAGGUCAACUUCGUAUCCGACUGGCUGUGGGUACCAGUUCGCAGAUUGAGAGCCUUCAUUUCGGUGCUGACUCAUCGGCUCCAGAGGAUGGACCUCAUUCGGGUAGAGGACAGGGCACCGGUUGGCAAGCGUUAGAUCUGAUUCGGUGGCCUGAAAACCAAUCUGGCCAAGAUCAGAAUCAGAACCAGUAUGGCACACAGUGUCAUUCCCUGUCUCGUCAUCGUACACCAGUUCAAUUGUUGAUGGCCUCCAGUUUGGAAGCCCUGACCGGUGCUCAACAGCUCAACAGAGUUUCGCAGUCCCCUCUUGUCUCCUGUGAGUUUUCCAUUUCUACUCACUCCGGUCGUAAGCAAACCGGAUCACACACUAAACUUGGCUCGUCAAAUCCAGAUUUUCUGUCCUACUGGAACCGAACACAUCAGCUCAGUUUUUGUUUGCGUCAAACCUCCGACCGAACUUCGCGACAUGAAUCGCAUAAGACCGUAUCGGACCAUGUGGGUAUCGCACAACAUCACGGAUUUGUCCAAUGGUUGCUUGACGUUCUCUCACAGGAUUGGUCGGAGGAAGCCCAAAUGAAUUGGCCUCGGGGUAUACCACUGGAACUUUGGUUGCGUAUCUAUUCUCCCAACUUGCGUGAUUGUCUGGUCGCUCGUGGUUGGAUUAGUGCGGAUCUGUUGAAUCAGCUCGUUCGACAACAAUCGAUCGAUGCGGAAUCCCAGUUACGAUGCACCAUCCCGUUGAGAGACUUGCACACAGAACGAGUCAACGGAAGUUUGGAUAUUCGUUUGACCUACAGAUUUGCACUGAUCAUGAUCAUGGUACGUAGUGAAUUCAUUGAUAUGUACGAAGAUUGA